AAGCAGAAGUGAAACUAGUGCCUUGUAUAUGGAUCCUGGAUUCACAGUAUGGAUAUGGAACAGAAUUUUAUGGUACAGAUGCUGGCAUUCCUAUAUCACCAGUAACAGAGAAAUGUUUUUUGUCAAUGUCCCUUGCUCUGAAACAAAUGAUGGGGACUCUUCUGGUUGGCCCACCAGGGUCUUGUAAAACUGAAACUGUGAAGGGGUUGGCUAACAUCCUGGGCAACUUUGUGGGCAUGUUCCAAGUCUUCAAAGAACAAGACCCAGCGUGUAUUGGACAAAUUAUGCAAGGUAUUGCCAUGGAUGGUUGCUGGGGUUGCUUUGAAGAUGUUCACAUUAUUAACAAGACCGGAUUGUCUGUUCUCAUUGACUAUGCUCAGUCCAUAUUUAAAGCUCUGAAAGCAAAACAGUCUUAUUUGUGCCUACUGGAUGGAACUGAGAUUUUUCUUCACAGCACUGUUGGGCUUUUCUUGACUGUGAACACACCCAAAACCCCAACCAGUCAACUUCCUUGUGAGGUCACACAGUCUUUCAGGACAGUGACAUUGAUUGCCCCUGAUGUUGGCUUUAUUCUCAAAUCUAAGUGUGCAUCAAUGGGCUUUCGGGCUCCCUCUGUGUUGGCCAACAGAUUGAAACUUCUAGUGGAACUUGUGAAGGACCAGUUGCCACCUGAAAUUCAUCACCACUUCACAGCUCAAGCUUUGACUGGAGUUCUCAAGAGAGCAGUGCAAAAAAGAAACCAGCAGAAAGAGGAAAAGAUGGCUGACAAAAACAGCACAAAAGAUGAAGCUUCAAGAUCAGAUAGCCAAAGUUCUGAAACUGCAACAGGCAGGAUUAGGCAACCUACAUUUAGUGUCACCACCAACAAGCAGAGCCAAUCAGGCAUAAUGUACAAACCUGGCACUCCUGUCACUCUCACAGCACAAGGUAAACAGGAUCAUUCUCUAGUCUGUGAGGCCAUAGAUGAAAUCAUAAGUCCCAGAAUGACCACAGAGAACUAUGCUGUGUUCAAGAGCAUCUUGAAAGACUGCUUCAGAAACUUGCCCAAGCCAGAAACACAUGCAAGAAAAUCGCCAGAAAAAGAGUGUACUAAGUCAUGUGGAACUGCUGGUUCAUUAAAAACACAAGAGAAAGAGACAGAUUUUGAACAUGCAUUGGUGAAUAAGGCACUGGAAUCCAAACUGAUUCCUCACAAAGCUUGGAUCACUAAAUGUUUGCAGUUGUACACUUUAUCACAAGUUUAUGCAGGUGUCAUCAUUGCUGGUCCUACCGGGAGUGGCAAAUCCUCGUGCAUUCAAACUGUGGUUAGUGCUCUGAGUGGGCUGACAUCAACAGUUUCACAAGCAGGCCACACCAAGAAAGUCUCCACUGAGAACCUGCAUAGACUUCUCUGCAUCAACCCAAUGGUUGUUGAUGAUACAGCUCUCAUAUUUGGCACCAUUGGCCACAAGCAUGAAUGGGUAGAUGGAAUUUUCACACAUGCCAUCAGAAAAGCCAACAGGAAUCGCAGUACUACAUGGUUGUGUCUGGAUGGGGUUUUGAACUCAAGCUGGACAGACAAUUUUAGCAACAAACUGUUUCUGUCCAAUAGGAUCAAGCUGUUAUUUGAGACGGAUGACCUUACCGAGGCUUCUCCUAGUGCUGUCUCUAGUUGCGGUAUCUUGUACAUUGACAGAGAUGUUGUUGGCUGGAAGGCUGUCACCAGAGCUUGGCUAGACACAAGACCACAUUCUGAAGCACAUGUUUUGCUGAAAGCUUUUCAAAAGACACUGGAUCCAGUUAUCAGUUUUGUUCUCAGUAACACUAAGUGUCACCUUAAGCUUUCAGAAGUUGGCAUGUUGAAGACAUGUCUUGACCUGUUGGCGGCCAUGUUGACUGAAAACAUUGAAGUCUCCGGUGACCUCCAUAUUGAAAGACUGUACAUCUUCUGUCUGAUUUGGUCUUUUGGUGGACUGCUAGACAGUAGUGACCGCAGGGCAUUCAGUGACCUUCUGAAAACCCUAUCAACUGCUCUGCCAGAUGAUGACCUUGACAUUUGUGUGUUUGACUACUAUGUGGAUGAAUCUGGAGAAUGGGACCCAUGGCUGGCAAGGGUUCCAGAAGUUAUGUUUACAGACAAUCAGGACAUCCUUGGUGAGGUUUUUGUGGAUACUGUGGACACU